AUGACCAAAGAAUGUCACAAUGUGCUCAAGGUGAGCUAUUGUAGUUACCCUGUGUUCCGGUUACCCAGUGUUCCGGUUAGCCAGUGUUCCGAUUACCCUGUGUUCCAGUUACCCUGUGUUCCGGUUACCCUGUGUUCCGGUUACCCUGUGUUCCAGUUACCCUGUGUUCCGGUUACCCUGUGUUCCGGUUACCCUGUGUUCCGGUUACCCUGUGUUCCGGUUACCCUGUGUUCCAGUUACCCUGUGUUCCGGUUACCCUGUGUUCCAGUUACCCAGUGUUCCAGUUACCCUGUGUUCCAGUUACCCAGUGUUCCGGUUACCCAGUGUUCCGUUCGUUACCCUGUUUCCAGUUACCCUGUCCAGUUACCAGUGUUCCGGUUACCCUGUGUUCCAGUUACCCAGUGUUCCAGUUACCCAGUGUUCCGGUUACCCUGUGUUCAGGUUACCCUGUGUUCAGGUUACCCUGUGUUCCGGUUACCCUGUGUUCCGAUUACCCUGUGUUCCGGUUACCCUGUGUUCCGGUUACCCUGUGUUCCAGUUACCAUGUGUUCCAGUUACCCUGUGUUCCAGUUACCCUGUGUUCCGGUUACCCUGUGUUCUGGUUACCCUGUGUUCCGGUUACCCUGUGUUCUGGUUACCCUGUGUUCCGGUUACCCUGUGUUCCGGUUACCCUGUGUUCCGGUUACCCUGUGUUCCGGUUACCCUGUGUUCCGGUUACCCUGUGUUCUGGUUACCCUGUGUUCCAGUUACCCUGUGUUCCAGUUACCCUGUGUUCAAAGUUUCAGAUCAUUCCGGAACAUACCAUCUGAUGAUGGUAUAUAG